AUGGCCCAAAUUCUUUCCGUACACCCCGUUAAAUGGAAGGGGAUGAAAAACCAUUGGUGGCAAUUUUUCAUGAUUGCAGUUUUACUGGCUUGUAUCAGUAUUGGUGUUGCAAACAUUCUAUGGUCCGUGGCAGCAAAAGUCAUCAAGUAUUACAAGACACGGCCAGUGCCAGACAAAGUGCCUUCGGAUGUCUCCCGCCAACUUCAGAAACUAGCCAACCGAAAACUGAACUUGAUCAACGCCCCAUUACACAAGCACAAACCUGCCUCAUUCGGAGUAUACUUGGGAAGCUUCAGCCAACCAUUCACUGCAUCCGAAAAAAGGGUGUUAGAGCAAUGGGAUAUGUUGAUUGUGGAUCCGUUCCAGGCUGGCGUUACAGAAGCCAUUCCCAAACGCGAUCGCGGUCAAGUACUAGGCAGACUGGAUUUCGCGCAGAUCAAUCUUGCACAGAUGUCUACCCUGGCAGCCAUCGAGAAGAUUGAGGGAAUCCUUGCCGACUCCUUCAAUAACAGUGCAUUUUCUGGGAUUCUAUUCGCCAAUUGGGAGGACAUCUUUACCCCAUCCAUUCAUGCGAAGCUCUUUGAGGCAAUCGGCGCCCUCGGGCUGGCGAUUUAUCUGGAGACGCAACCACCCGAUUUCUUGAAGAAUAGAAAAGCCUUGCAAAACGGGGUCGUCUCUGGAUUGGUGAUUCGGAAUGCCAGCAUCAUGCCCAAUGGUGAAAAGCGCGACUACUUCCAGAUGGAAAAAUUGCAAUCGACCAUCAAGGCAUUUGUCUCCGAAGCAUGUAUGAGAGAUUUUGUGGUUCUCACCUGGGAGACUGUCAACAACGAGGUCACUCUCUCGAAUGCCGUUGUCCGGAGAUCUCUCCAGUGGUGCAACUUUUACAGUGCUAUUUCUUGGAUUGGCCCCGAAUCUUCACUGCAAGAUGCGGAGUUGAACACUCCGAUGACCGAGCCUCUGCCAGCAUUCGGUUGGCUGAAGGAAGCGGAGGUCAUGAAAACGCAUGAUACAUGGCGCUCCAACCAUCAGAUUUCGACAUGUCCUGGCGUCCAAACCGGGUGGGAGACCCUUCGACCAUUUUUCCCUGUGAUUGACGCCCUGCUGGAUUCCGAGGAAAAUGAGACGAAGUCACGAGAAAGUCCCGCACGCCGCCUCCGAGAUCCUCCAGAAUGGGUCGCUCGGGUCAAAUCGCAGGGUAGUCCAUUAUCCGUUUCCAUGUCGGGACAAGAGUACACCAAUUUGGGCUGCUUCCCCUUGGGAUCCGACCCCACUCCCAUGGCAUUUGCGGAAAUUCUUCAAUCUCAGCAACGUCUGAAGGCCUUGGAGCUGCUACACCCCGUGCCUGCCACGAAAAUCCAAAGCAUUGGUGUUCUUUUCCGCCACUUCCAAGAAGCUCUGGAGCCCUCAAUCGACGAUGGCCAACUUGCGACUGCUAUCAAAAAUCUUUCCGAUUUGGCAGCAAAUGGUUCAUUGAAGAUUAGCCUUGCGCUGGACUCUGGACUCAGGAAAACAUCCGAUUCCCGCUUUUGGGCAGUUUACGAACAAGAGGACGACAAGUUCGAGGUCUUUGUCUCCAAGAAUGCUCAGGGUCUAGCUGGAACUGUGUUGCAUACCUUCCUGUCUGCGAAGGGAUUCUCCCGUCAAGUCUGCUGUGAAAUCGAAACCGCUUUGGCUGGCUGGUCUGAGGAUCUGGCUCCGAACACGGGUCUUCCCCGUCGAUUUGCUCAAGAUAUCGAUGUUCUCAGCCCAGAAGAGCGAUUACUUUUGCUGCAGCAUCUGUCGCUCACCGCUUCUCAUAGCGACUUGUCUGAGAACAUCUGCGCUUAUAUUCGCCAGCAGCUUGUAGAUGCGCCUUCCUUUGCCCAAUUGAAAGAGCUCAAUACAGUGGGCUAUCUCGCAGGGUCCACGAGUCCUGAGGACUUGAUCAGGACGCGGAUCAGCUGGUAUAAAGAGCAGAGCUGUUCUUAUCCCGCGUUUUCCGUUUCACUUGACCUCUUCCACCAGGUUGACCAAGUUUUCGUGCAAGUAAUGAAGGAACACCGCGAGGAAGAUCUCGCAACUAUCACAGCAGGUCUUUGCGAGCUGGUACAAGAGGGUCAAGUCGAUGCCUACGCGGAUAUCCUGGCACUCUCGCUGUUCUGCGCCGCAAGAAAGGGUGCCUUCGAUGAGAUCUAUGCCGAGGUGACCGAUAGGAAUCCGUUGUUCAACAGCCACACGGAUCAAGCCGCCGCAUUUGCCGAGUCCUUCGCUUUGGGCUCACGAUGUGAAGCCUACUUUGGUGUCAAUCCGAGCGUUUUUGGAAAGCUUCUUUCUGAUCGUUUCCGCGCCUACUAUACCCAGCAUCAGCCACCAAACUGGAUCAAUGGCGCCCCCCAGCUUGCGACGGCCUAUGCUGGUGCCCAGAUAGAUGUGAACCCUGACGAAAAGAAGAAGGCCAUGCGUGGAUAUCAGCGGUUUACAUUCCUGAGUGUUUUCGCCAUCCCAGCGCUGAUCGACAUUCUCUUGCUUACCAUAAUCGGCCGAGGGUUGUAUCUUUCUGCCUACAUGACGCGUGAAGAGCAGGAUAGUGCAACCAUGGCUUUGAUGAUCUCUCUACUGCUUUCUGGUGCUGUUGGCACAUGGAUUGCAUGUGGUGGACCAUACUAUCUCAUUUCGAUGGCCUUCGCUGCAGCCAACAUGUUCGUCUUGAUCCGGCUUAUUGCUGGUAUUGCAUUCACUGUGGCCGGAGGUUUGAUUGGUUUUGUCGCCAUCGCCAGUGUCAGAAGCCCUCAAGCUGGUAUAAUAUUCUAUCUUUACCUGAUCGCCUUGACCAUCUACUUUUCGACCUUUGCCUCCCUCGCAAGUUUCAGCUACCCCGGUUCCACCUUUCUAUCGGGCCGGAAGCCAAUCAUCGCGUGCAUUCCAAUUCUGUCUUUGUCGCCCAUCAUUACUACUUUUGCUGGGAAUGAUUCCGCAAUUUACCUGGCAGUUAUCUAUCUUUUCAUUGGGGUCCUUCUUCUCAGCCUGCGAUCGACGACGGCCAAAUGGGUGACCUGGUACCAGUCAAUUCGACGCACCGACGAUACUGAGAUCCGCAAGUGGUACAUCUCGGCACACGGAAAGAACAAUGAGAAGAUCUUUGGCAGCCUGAGUGAUCCCGCUGCUCUUAAGGUAGCGAGAGAGGCCCUUCUGAAGGACGUGAUGGCUGAGAAGUCCCGUGGUAUUUUCUCCAAGGCAACCGCCGAUGAAAUGGUCAAGGAGCUUGCUCGGGAUUGGGAAUCGACCAAUUUCCUUUUGGAUUGGUAUUGCCGAUAUGCAGAUGUUCCCCGGCCAAUUCCGUUCAGCUCUGGCUGGAACAUUCAAACCAAGGUCGGACUCGAUGUCUUACGCAACUCACAGAAAGGUCUCCGUCUGCACAAUGCAUUCGUUCACUGGCGCCAAUCAAGCCAAGAAAUUGGCUGUGGUGUCCUGUAUUUUGUCAUUGCUCUGCUCGAUAAGUGGGUACAGCUGCUGAGCGGUGACCGUCUCCUCCUCUGGCUGCCAGCUGCUGGGACUGAUGCAAACCGCAUGGCUGUCGGCUUUGCGCUGGCAUAUUAUCUCAUUGGUGCUGUCCUUAUUGAUACCAAGGCCCAAGAACUCCACGACGCCAUUGGUGACAAUACCCCAACUGCCGUGAAGUCGUCUAAGGAUAUUCGUGCCUCGCAGAAGAGAAACAUUCACUUCCGACGAAAGGUCUAUUGGCGAACCCUAUUCAAGUUUCUACUAUGGCAUGUCUGGAGCCUUGCCCUUUCAACGGCUCUUGUUUGGACAUUCCAGUGGUCUAUGGAAGCCAUGACUGUGUUCUUUUCCUAUGUUCUUGCCUACACCGGUCUCAUAUGGUACCAAUACACCAAGAUCUUCAGUGGACCGUAUGCCCUGAAGCCGCUCCUCAUCGGCAUCUCUCUGGGAUUGGCGGUUGGAAUCGCCCUUAAGGUCUGCUUCCCCAAAUCCCUUUACUCACAGAUCAGUGGCCUCGGGGUCGCUACUUGGACUGUCGCAAUUCUGUCUCUUUUCUAUGCGAAGAUGGGUAUGCCUCGUAAGGUCGACUCUCCUGUUGAGUUGGGGAAGACAUUCCAUGCAUUUACCACGCCAUGGGCAGACCCCGAAUGGUCUCAGCAAGAACUCCAGACCUUUUUCGAGAGCAUCUCACUUCUGCCGGCCGAUUCUCGCUUCAAGGUUACGCCUGCAGUUUAUCCAGGCAUUGAGAUCAAAAAGACCAUGCUAUCUCGCAAGCAAGAGUUUCGGAUUGAAGAAGCCUUCCCCAAUGCCAAGGUAAUUGUUGACCAGGCUCUCGCAUUGUGGGAAAGGGGAGAUAUCUGUCUUGAGCUUGUGCCAAAGGGCUCUAUGGGACCUGGUAUCCGAGCCUUAAGUUGCAGCACUGGCAACCAAUUGAAAGUGGCUGUCAGUGUCAAAGGGUUACACGAUGAGCGACUUGAUAUCAGUGCCAACUGCCAAAUUAUUGCGGAGACUUUGAUCCACUCCGUUGCCGAGAUGGUGAUGGGCGUUCCGCAUGAGUACGCGGCUCUGGCCGAAGCGAUCAUAUCCGGGGGUGUUACACAUACCAUGGCCCAGCAGCUCCGCCAAGAGGCCAACACUUCGCUCGUCGUACGAUGGGCCAAGAAGGAGCUUCUCCGACAGCUUUGCCUUGGGUUUGAAGCGGAUAUUCAUUGGGAUAAGCUGCCAGUCGAAGUUCGGAAUGUGCUACUCAACCGCUGCGUCGGACUACCUUGUGGUCUGCCAGAUAGCCAACGCCAAUGGCUCCAGCAGAGCCUUUGCCAGUUUGACACCAACAAGCUGGACAUUCACGUUGCAAGAUGCAAUCUCGGAGCGGCAACCGCAAUUAGUAUUCUCGACUAUGCUCAUUAUGGAACUGGCGAGGCUGCUCUUCCCAAGGAAUCUGAGACUGCCGAGUACAUCUCUUACGUCCCUCGGAAGUUGCCUAUCCCCUUGUCGGCUGUGAGACCUCCAUUGAGCUAUGUUUACCACACUCUGGGGUCAGUUGUCAAGUUCAUAGUUAUUGCUAUGGUUGCCGAUCCUGAGUUCCAGAGAGAGUUCGACCAUGUCUCCAAGACCCUGCCGACAGUCAUUCGCGUGCCAAGUGUGUUCGUGCUGAACACAGUCUGGAUCUAUGCCAAGAUUAUGCAAGACUUCGGCUUGUCCUUCUUCCUAUUCCACGGUCGCAAGAACGUAAAGCAACUCUGGGAAGAGACCAAAGGAAUGACGAUCCAUAUCAAGAAGAGCAGAGUCAUCAUCCAAGGUCUUGACGGGACUUUCACAGCAUUCAGGCAUCAGGAGACGGACGGCGGCUUCAAAGUCUACCAGUACGCCGGAGACCAUAAGACCGAGCCUACGGACAAAGAAGCCAAGACGCUCAAGUAUGUCAGCAGCUAUUCCAGUGAGAUGCUGCUUCUCAUCAAACAAGAGUUUAACAACGGCAAAUUGCUCAACGAAUAUCACUAUGACUACCAAGCACCGACAAAGAAGGGCCUCAAACUCGGCAAGAUAGCCAAUGCACGCAUGCCACUGGGACGACGCUGCGUCGAAGGCGUGAACCACCUUCAAAGCAUCCAGUACAACUCGAAGGGCCUCGUCGACAAGGGGUCUUACAUGAAGGACGGCAAUCUCAUCCGGUUCCAGUACCACUAUCGCAAAAAUCCGCGCUUUGGUGAUGAACUGCUUCGAGCUGAAUUUUCUUUGUCCCACAUCACCUGCAACGUAUCCUGGUGUGCACCUCCGCGCCGCCAUCGUAACAAGGAGCACCGGUGGAUUCCUCAUACCAAGGUUACUGAGGCUACCUUUGUCCAGCAGGCCAACGGUGAUGUCUAUGAGAGUCGUUGGUUGUAUGACCACAAAUUCCAUCCGACCAUCUUCACUACCAUCAACGGCAUGAAAGCUCAAACCCCGCCGAUGAUCGAGCACGAUUACCUAGGAGUUCUUUCCAAACCCACAUAUACCAGCUUCGUGCAUGACAACCCCUUCUUCUAUGUUGACAGCCUCCGGUCGAAUGUCUUCACGCGACUUUUGGGACUGACGAAGAAGCGUUUCACGGUUUCGACAUCUCGGUCUCGUUCCCUGAUGUGGAAGGCGUGGAAGGAUCGCGUUGAUCUCGAUGGUAUCAUUGUCCGUUGGAUGGAUGAUCGAAUUCUUCGUAAAGACGAGGUACUUGCCCCUUACUGGCGCAGCCGCGACUGGGGAAAUCUCAGAGCCGCAAGGAAGUAUAUGGAGCUUCGUGCCGAUGCAGUCAUGGCAAGCGCGGACUUGGACAACAACAUCUCCAGCUGGACUCCGUUGGCUGUCAAGAUCAGCGACUUCUUCAACUUUGGUCCAGGGGGUGAUGCAGUUGUCACUACCCGGUCAAAGGAGGUCAGUUCCGAUACUGAAACCAAUCUCCACGUUAUGGCUGCAGACACCGGCACUUGGCCUAACGAGGGUGGUGGUGUCUCCGCCUGUCGACGAGACAUGAUCAAUUCUCUGCGUACCAUCAAGUGGCAUAUGAUUUGCGAGUCUGCGAAUGAUUUCGGCGUUCCUAAGCAUCAAACCGAGAGAAACAUUCAAUCGUUGAAGGUGAUUCCUCUUUGGGGUUUGGACUUCCUGACACCUACCCACGGUUUAUUCCACAACAAGUUGGAUUCAGAGGUGGACAAUGUUACCUCUGCCAGCGAGUUCGAUAUCAAGAUGAACUUCAUUCCAAUCCUCACGGCCCUAGUCAAGGGUGCGCGAGCAGUCGACCUCUCGAAAGCAGACAUUCAUCAAGCCACUCGAGCUCUGGUGAAUCUCAACACAUACUUCCAGGAAUCCCGGCACUGGUCUCAAGUUUGGAAUAGUGAGAUGGUGAAGCAGAGUUGGCGCGAUCUUUGGCUGACGCAGGAGAUGCCCAAUACCAUCCCAUCAUCUGAAUGGUUCGACACCGAACUUCCCACCCUGUCGUCUCUUGAUAUUGCUUUGGAGCUGUGGUACCGCUACCUCUUCAUCUUCUCCAUCCCCGUUCCCGAGAAAAUUCCGAAUGUCUUCCAGGCCUCGCACCACAGUGUCAGUGCUUCUUAUGGUGUUGUGUGUAAGAUCAAGCGCAACUGCACCUUGCAGAUUUGGGAUCAUGCCAUCAGUUGGCGAGAGACCAAUCUCUGCCUUUCAUCCGCUCUCUGCACACUCUCACCAUUUGUCCGGAAUGCCCUUCUUGGCUUGAUGCGAAUCACUUCCGUCCUGACACUCCACCAUGCGGAUAUUCUCCUUCCAUGUGCGGAUUUUUUCAAUCCAGGCUGGGAGGUCGAGAUCGGUACUUGCCAGGGAACCAUUGAACAUCGCAACACAUUCCGCCGCAAGGUCGAUCCUGUUGUCAAUGGUAUUACCGAUAUGCAGAAGUUCUCUCCUGUGAAAGAAAUUAAAUCCGAGCGCCCAACGGUGACUAUGCUUUCUCACGUGUGGUAUGCUAAGGACAUCAAGACUGCCCUUUUGGCUGCCGAUAUCAUCAUCAACCAGUGGAAGUUCGACGAUUAUAUUUUGGACAUCUACGGAGCAAUUGACAAAGCUCCCACAUACUCCACCGAGUGCCAGGAGAUCAUCGCGUCUAAGGGUCUCCGAGGCAAAGUCACAUUGCGCGGAACAGCCGAUCCUAUGAAGGUACUUGAGAACACCUGGCUCUUCCUCAACUCGUCCUUGUCCGAAGGUCUUCCGCUGGCCUUGGGCGAGGCAGCUCUCACCGGUGCCCCUGUUGUCUGCACAGAUGUCGGUGCUUCACUCCGUGUGCUUAGUGACCCGGAUGACUUCUCGCGCUUCAGUGCGGUGGUUGCACCCAAUGAUGCCCUUGCUCUCGCAAGGGCCCAAAUCUCCAUGCUCGCCCUCUUGGGAGAAUGGGGCCGAUACAGCGACGACAAUGAACCAGUGCCGGUUCUCAGCUCCUCACCGACUCCCGAAGAUGUGGAGAUUAUCACUCGCCGCAUGUAUACCAAGAGCGAGCAACGACGCAAGCUGGGCAUGAUGACUCGCAAGAUUGUGCAGAAGUCCUUCAGCGGCGACCGGUAUCUCCGAGAGCACGAGCAAAUGCUCUGGAUUGGCAAGUCAGUCAAGAUGAUGGCCAGCCGAGCCGCUGGCGAUGCAGUCGAGCCCGCAGACAUUGCAGCAGCUGUGCAGCAAACAGCAGCGGUGGAGGAGGAGAUUAUCACCAUUCCACCAAGUGCAGUCAGGUCCUGGCGGUCAUCGGCUACCUCGAAUAUGUCCACGGUGUACAGCUCCGUUACCAACUACCCGCUGCGGGACAGUCGCGCUCGCCCUCUCUCCAGCAUCUCCGCCCUCAGUCUCAGCAACGUCUCGACAGAUACUGAGUCCUUCGCUCGACUCCCUGUCUUUGCACCCCGCCACUCUAUGCUUUCCAACGGAGGCUCUCCUGGCAGCGGGUCCCCUGGACUCUUCCCACCGCAGAACUUCCGGGUUUCCCUCGGUGGACAGCGUCGGCCGCAAUCUCACGCCCGCUCCAUUUCGACAGCUGGGCGGGAACAAGUGCGUGGUCUACAUCGCGAGGAUCUGAUGCAGUACCGCAACUCGGAUGUCAGUACGAUCAUGCGAGAAGACUUCUUGCGUUCUGGACAGCUUUUCAGCGGCUAA